CUUAACGAUAAAAAAAAAGCAUUUACCACACUAACCUUUUCACUAGAAAUCUGCAAAGUUUACGCUCUCUGUCAAAAGAAGAUUGGGUGGAAGGGUAAAAGAAGUUCGAAAUGAAAUCACUGUUGUUUUCACUCGUUCUUUGGCUGACACUGAACAAAGCUCACGGAUUCUACGGAGGUUGUAUGAGCUACAGCAGCAGUCCAAGCAACGUACCUGGACAUAUUGAGGUUAAAAUAAACUUUUUAAAUGGAUGGGAACUUCACCGAGGCCCAUAUUACAAAUGCACAGAAAAUGAUGAAGGAUCGGAUGUGACAGAACGACGAAAGCAGUUCAUAAAAGAUAGAAAUGAUCCCGAGGCUUUUGGAAGUUGGUCGUUGGAAGAAGACAAAAAUUUCAUGGCAGACAUUAAAAACCUUACACUUCUUGUUAAUGAUAACAUUAGAGACGUUGUUCUAAUGGUCAACAAACACGAAGGCUGGGAAUUGGAAAGCUCAGAGAUAAAUCUACUUUUGCCUAUAAACUCCAGUAAACUAGGACGAUAUGAUGUAAUGUUCCAAAAUUUUAUGGAUGGAUAUUUGACUAAUAUGGGCCGAAGCGUUAACGUUUUUCAACAAGUAAAAGUGGACCCAUACAACAGAUCUGAUACACAAAAACCAAACAGAAGUCCUGUAAUCUUGGUGAAACCGUAUUACAGUCUGGAACAUGGUAAGACACACACACUUCAUAUACCAGUCGUUGAUAACGACGAUGAUAAAACAAAGUGUGAGUUUUCUUCAUACGUCGAAGCCGGGGCUUUCCAGGUCCUUGUAAACAAUCUUACAGCUGCAAAAAUCGUAGAGAUGAAUGAAAAGGAAGACUGUGUUUUAACUAUCAACCUCAAUAAUACAAGAUUCAGCGUGGGCGAUGCGUUUGCUCUUCCAAUCACAGUAAAGGACUACAAUAGGAUAUUCAUGGUAUCAGUGGCGGUUUAUCAUCCAUAUAACUAUCCAAUCGGAAGAACAACUGCUUUGAUGUAUUUUAAAGUAACAGGAAGGACGGAUCCUCCAGAUUUCAUAACACCAACACCACCAAACAACCAAGCGUAUACUGUUUAUGUAGGCGGACAUUUCUAUAUCAAUGUGUAUGCAAAACCCACUGACACAUCAAGACGAAUUAUAAAAUUCAACUUCCUGAGAAGAGACGGGACACGCGUGCAAAAGACAGCGAUAGAGUCCGUUCCAGGAGACCCAACUGCAGUGUACAUAUCAAUGGAAUGGUCUCCUGUAGACAGUGAUAUCGGGAAACACAUCGUGUGUGCAAAUGCAGAAGAUAGCAAUGGAAUAAGUACGGUUAACUUGCGCUGCUUUAAAAUUGUCGUAAAAGCCAGCAUUUUUCGACCACAUUCGCCUAAAUCGGGAAAGCCUUAUUUUGCGUCAAUUCCAUAUCCACAAGACAUAAUUUGCCCGAUUUCUUCAUAUUGCUUGUUUCCUGUCUUUGCUGCGACAGACAACACAGGAGGUAUCGUUGAAAUCACCAGCACGGACAUGAGCGAAGAAAAUAUCACCAUUUACUACAGCCCGGAUGUGAUAAAUGGUACAAUACACACCAAGAUAGCAAAAGUAGAGUUCUUAGCCUUGACACCAGGUCCCCGACAAAUAUGUUUGAAUGCCACUGAUCGAUUUGACUGGACAGUGGGGUGUCUUAUUGUGGCAGUUGAAAGAAAGGAUCCAUGUGAAUCCAAACCUUGUCAUAAUAAUGGCAGAUGCACAGCUUAUAAAGAUAAAUCAGGUUUUACUUGUACUUGCCCCGAACGAUUCAAUGGUACAUUAUGUGAAACACGUAUAAACCUCUGCCAACAGAGACCUUGUGGUGUUCCCAAUGCCUGCAUUGAUGUGAAUACGCCACCGUUCUUUUUUUGUUUCCAAUGUCCAACGGGAAAGACGGGCACAAGAUGUGAUGUUGAUAUUGAUGUUUGCCAUCCAACCACAUGCAGUGAAAAUAAUAUUUGUCAGCAAAAUAAUGGUUCUUAUCAAUGUCUAUCUGUCGAUUUACAAGAGCAAUGCCCCCAAACUUGUUUGAAGAGCGAAGCAACAGUUUGUUUGAGAAAUAACUGUGUUUGUGCUUUGUGGUCUCUAUAUAAUGAGACAUGCAUGUCAAAUAAUACAGUCAAAUCUAAUAGCAGCAUUAUUCCCUAUUUUGCAGCACCGACAUUAUCCGUAGGGUCUGUAAUAACAUGUGAUUUCUAUGACAGAACUUGUGAAUUCCCGGUUUAUGUUUUUUCAGAAUCUACUCCAAAGGUGUCUUAUUUUAGCGAAAUGAACAUUUACAAAUCACUUUAUCGUGGCAUUACUGUUUUGACAUCAGAAAACAAUACUAAUGGUAUUUACCAAUCAACAAUUGUGAUUUCAAACAACGAAGUCGACAAUCCAAAAUAUCAAGAAUAUGAUCUUUGUCUAAACGUUGCCACAAAUACCACACCUCAAGACAUAAUCGAUAGACAGUGUUUUCACGUCGUAGAUAGAGGAGUUCCAUCAAGGACACAUCAUAUGUCACAACUAUAUUCUAACUGUUCUUUUACAAUACCAACACUUCCGAGAGAGUCAGUUAUUGGUUGCAAAAGAUGGCAUCCUUGCCAUUUUUAUAUGUAUGCUGCAACAACGAAUGGAAACUGUUCAGAUUUGAUCACAAGUGACCCAUGGACUGCUGUUUUCAACCCAAUAAUCGUUUCUGGACUAUGUAGAUAUGAAGUUGUUCAUACAAACACGUCUUCAGUUGGAACGAAUACAAUAUGCUUCAUGAUUUGUUCACACGGAGAAUCUAGAUGUUACCAAAUAUACACCAACGAUAUUCUUGAUCAAUGUGAGAAAGACCAUUGCUUGAAUAAAGGAUACUGUCAGACCGAUGCAACCGGAAAUGUUCGGUGCCAUUGUCGGGAAGGAUUCUGGGGAGCACGGUGUGAAAAGGGGAUUUGUGAGAGUAAAGUUUUUUGUCAUAACAACGCCCUGUGUGUCUCAAAUUAUGGCAAGCCUAGUUGUUUAUGUCGUGGGGGAUUUGAGGGCCCAACAUGUGCCUUUGAAAUCAAUCGAAAUCUAACAGACAUGGUCGAAAACGGGGGACAAUUCACACAUUUGGGUCUCUUCGAGAGCAUUCCAUGUUACAUCAAUACACCCUGUGUAAUGCCUAUCAGCAUCACACGAAAUGUACAUUCAGCGCCUACAAUUGUGUUGGGAUUCUCGAACGAAACGUUAGAUGUUCAGUCACUCCAACUCAAACCAUCAGUAAACACCAAUGGGAUUGUCCGUGGAACUGUGACAGUGGUUGGUCACCAAAUGGGGCUUCAAAGAAUAUGUCUGGAUUCUAUUGCUAAUCCGAAAACUGCUAAAAUCGAGGAUGAGAUUUGCUUCCAGAUAAAUGUCGUACCAGGGAAUGUUUUGGAAACAGUACAAUCAGAUCCAUAUUUUGUCGACCCUACGCCACCAAAUGCAACAGUGUUACAGUGUGUUGUAAAUGAGCCUUGUUACGUCAAUUUAUGGGCACGAAAUCAAGCCGGAGUAAAACAAUGUCCACUAUUGGAGGUAAACAAAAUCUUUGACGAUGGAGUUUAUGUCUUUCCGCUUCGGAAUACGACCAAUCAACCCUGCGUAUAUGAGAGCCUCAUGUUGAUACAUAACGUCUCAGAUCUUAAUGUUUGCUUCUCUUUGUCCUCUGACACAUCUAAUAUACCAUAUCGCUACUCUCAAAUCCUAAAAGACACAAGGUGUUAUGCAGUUCGUGUCCUUCCAAAAUUAACAGUAAAAGGACCCUGCUCUGGACAGUUCUGCUACAAUGGCGGAAUCUGCGACAGAAGUUCCUCUAUACCUCGAUGUAUGUGUCGAUCUGGAUUUUUUGGAAAUGAUUGUUCACAAAGAACGACUGAAUUAUCCGUUGAUUAUAAACUGGUUCGUCCAUACUUUCUGAUUUUCCCCCAGAGCGAAUACUUAACAUGUGUUGAAAAUCAGCCGUGUAAUUUCAGUGUAUCUGCAAGUACUACAAAUUGCAGGAGUAUUACCAAAAUUGAAAACGCACCUAAUAGCGAAGAGAAUGUCACAAUUCGCUACAGCAACAAAACAGUCGGGAUGACUGAGGCAAUAUCAGGUGAUGUUACAGUCCUACCAAGGCGGUUAGGAAGGAGAUAUAUAUGUCUAAGGGCAAUCGACUGUAAAACGUUUACUCAGAAAUGUCUCUUCAUCACGGUAGUGAAAGCAAAUCCGUGCGAGUCUUCUCCUUGCUUACACAGUGGACACUGCUUGGUUUUUAAUGCAAAGUCAGGAUUUACCUGUUCUUGUUCUCAUGGUUACACUGGAAAGUUAUGUGAAAUAAAGAUCAGGCCCUGUACGUCGAGUGCCACGUGCCACGAAGGUUCAACUUGUGAUCCUGUUGGGUCAGAAUCGUUCUUUAGAUGCGUGUGUCCUCCUGGAAAAACAGGAGUGAGAUGUGAUGUCGAUGCUGGAUAUCAAGAGAAGUGCAGCAAUUCAUCACUUUGCAGAAACAACGCUGCUUGUCACUCGAAGAGCCAAACCUUGUCAUGUGUAUGUCGACUAGGAUUCAAAGGAACCAACUGCUCAGAGAAAGCCAACGACAAUCUGCGAAACGCAAUGAAAACCGGGGCAAGGUUUGCAGAUGUUGCUAUCCCGAAGUCAGUCAUAUGCUAUGUUGAUUUUCCAUGCCUUAUUCCUUUUACUCUUACCAAAAGUAUCUUUAACAAGCCUCGAGUUGCUUUAGGCUAUUAUGAUCCAUCUCUACAAAUCACAAAAUUGAAACUGGAAAACACAAUAUCUGCUGAAGGUAUAUGUUUUACACGUGGGGUAACAGAGGUCGUCAAGAAAUCCCUAGGAUCCGCCCGUAUCUGUCUAGAUACUCUUGAUAAAUCCUGGAACUGUCUUCCAUUGAUUUACUCCGUUAAAUGUUUUGAAGUGAAUUUUAUAAAUGGAAGCUAUUACAAACAUUUAACAGAUGUACCUCGUUUUGUACAACCAACAUUUGAGACUGAUAGCCUAUUUCAAUGUUUGGUUGGAAGUUAUUGUCACCUUAAUCUAUGGGCCGAAAACGACUACAGAAAACAAAGCUGCCCAGUUUUGAAAUCUGAGAGCGAAAAGAAUUUGGAGAUUUUUGUAAUGCCACCUCUACACCAAACCAUGUCACCAUGCAUAUAUGAUAUUUCAUUGAAAGCGGACACGCAUACCAAUGCUACAAUGUGUUUUUACCUAGAGGGAGAUAAAGGUGUACAACUGGAUAAAAGAUGUUAUACAGUCGAGAUUUUGAAUUCAAUCAAAAAAGGCUCAUGUGCAUGUGGAAUGUGUUUAAAUGGUGGAUUUUGUGAUGGUCAUACAUCAAUCAAAACCUGUUUGUGUCCUCUUGGCUUUUCUGGUGAAAACUGCAGAACUGAACAUGGCAUUCGACACGCAGUCAGUCAACGUGCUAUUCAUAACCCUUUGUUGGGAAAUAUGCUAUUGCCAAGACAAGUCAUCUGUCCGCUGAACGAAAAGUGCAAUGUACAAUUGGUAUUGUUAACAAGAAAAGGGUUCAAGAUUGAUAUUAUAGUUGAUCCUUCUAGUAUUGAGAUAAAGGAAAAGGAGGAAGUAAGAGUAUCAGAGGACUUCUUUAUCACUCUAACUUUAAUUCACAAACACACUGGAUCCCAUCAGCUGUGUAUAAAUUUAUCCUCAGAAAUCCCAAGCUUCGUAACGGAUAGGUUUUGCUGUAAAAUUUUCACCAAGGAAACAGAUAAUCAAACCAAGGAAGAGACAGAACAGCUUUUUAUUCCUCCAUCACCAACAAACGCAUCAGCAUUUUCCUGUUCUCCGGGCUUGGAAUGUCACAUGAUGCUCUAUUUAAAACGAGGCUACUAUAAUCAAUGUCCCGAGGUUUCCGUUAUUCCCUCCGUCGGCGCCUCUGUACACGUCUUCAAUAAUUCCGACUGCGAUGUAUGUUCCGUGGAUGUUCUGAUUGAAUUAUCCCUGUCCCAUCCUGGCCAGAGGCUGCAACAGUGUCUACAGGCGGCGGACUACGACUUUGGGUCCACGGAGAGACGAUGUUACUUUUUGGAAAACGUUCAGCACACUUCCCCCUAAAUAUCCAUAACAAUGCGGCAUUAGUUCAUGGAAGACUUAACCACAACGAACGCAUCCUUUGAAAGUGUAAACUUGUGUUUCCAUGUAAUCGGACAACUGAAUAUCUUCUUUUGAAUGUGUAAAAUGUAGUUUUACAUAGAUAUACAUAUUUUUUGUCUUCAUUACGUAUUAAUAGCUAAUUACUAAUGAUACAUUAUGAAUAUAGUUAAUUUUUAGAAGCACUAAUUCUGAUGAAUACUGUAUAUAUUUUAUUUUUCAAAACAAGAUACAUGUGAAAUAACACAUUGACUUCAAUCUAUCAAUACGUUUUUAUAAUUGUUACUUUUUGAUAACCUUUUGUUUGCUUAUUUAUGUCAAUAUAGCUUAAAAUAUAUUAAAUUUUAUG